CAAGCAUAAGUGCGAAGGCGUUUGCUCAGUGCCAACGGUCAACCUAGUCGUUGCUACGGAGCUAUGGGAGCACCAAAAUAGAUUCUAUAAAGUUAUUUCUUCAAAACUAACUUCGCUGAACGUCGUUCAACCAAUCAGCCAAUACAGUCUUUCAGCCGCUUUUGUGUGUGUUUAAUCUACCGAGCGAGUGUCCAAGCUGAGCCAAAACACACAAACUCUAACGAUAUCUGACUGCCUAGAAAAACAAUGGAUUUCACGAAGGCUCUGAGCCUGCCACAACCGGCUGGCUUUCAGUAUCUACGMGAUGGGCGCAACAUCAGUCUGGCCGAUAGUGUUCCUGCAGACAUUUACCAUAUGGUCGAUCCCUACUGGUAUAAAUGGCAACCGAUGGAGCAGAUUUGGUUUCAGAUCAUUGGCUUUGUCAUCACCGUUCUAGGUGUAAUGUCGCUGUCCGGCAAUUUUAUUGUCAUGUAUAUAUUCACCUCGACACGUUCGCUACGUACACCAUCAAAUAUUUUUGUGGUUAAUUUGGCCUUUUCUGAUUUUAUGAUGAUGUUCACUAUGUUUCCACCAGUGGUGUUGAAUGGUUUCUACGGUACUUGGAUUAUGGGACCAUUCCUUUGCGAAUUAUACGGUCUGGCCGGUUCGCUUUUUGGUUGUGUGUCCAUUUGGUCAAUGACGUUGAUUGCAUAUGAUCGCUACUGCGUGAUCGUGAAGGGCCUGUCUCGCAAACCACUCACCACGACCGUGGCUGUUGUACGCUUAAUAUUUGUAUGGUGUAUUUGUGGCACUUGGGCCAUACUUCCGAUGGUCGGCUGGAAUCGUUAUGUACCUGAGGGUAAUAUGACCGCAUGCGGUACAGACUACUUUGCUAAGGACUGGUUUAAUCGUUCGUACAUCAUUGUGUACUCAUUAUGGGUAUAUGCUACGCCAUUGACGACCAUUAUCUUUUCAUAUUACCACAUCAUGAAAGCCGUCUGGGCUCACGAAAAAGCUAUGCGUGAUCAGGCUAAGAAGAUGAAUGUCGCCUCAUUGCGUAAUAGCGAAGCAGAUAAAGGCAAAUCGAUUGAAAUUAAAUUGGCUAAAGUAGCAUUGGUGACAAUAUCGCUGUGGUUCCUCGCCUGGACCCCAUAUACGAUAAUCAACUAUGCGGGUAUUUUCGGUUCGAUGAAUCUUUCACCACUGAGCACAAUUUGUGGUUCGGUAUUUGCGAAAGCAAAUUCAGUCUGCAAUCCAAUAGUCUACGGUCUCAGUCACCCUAAAUAUCGACAAGUAUURCGCGAGAAAAUCCCUUGUCUCGCCUGCGGCAAAGACGACAUGGCCUCCGAAGUACGCACGCAAGCGACGGCGGAAAUCAGCGAAUCGGCGGCAUAAGUAUGUGGCCCAGAUAUGGAACCGAAAG